AUGGUACGUUUAUGGCGCGCACCAGUGGUCUUUGCGCCGUCAUCAUUUUAUGCAGCUCCUACAACUAGGCCGAAGCGUCUUUUUCAAAAGAACGUAAUUGAGUGCGUCGACACAAAUGAAAGCGACUUCUCUUGUGACGAGAGCAGUGGAGACGAAGCCAGCAUUGAUGUUGAAGACAGCACCAGUGAAGAAGACGAGGACGUCAAUGAGCUUGACGGGGACCAAACCACAGAACGGACUGACGUUAGGCAAAGUGAUCUGAAAUCCAGGUACGCUAACAAGCGUUACACCUGGCGGAAGGCUGCGUUUGACCACCAGCUGACCGUUUACCAGGACGAGUUCCCACUGCCCCUAGCUGAGCCUCCAACAGCCAAGCAGUAUUUUGAUAUGUUCGUCUCUCGGAGCAUGAUGAAGGAAUUCGUGGAAGAGACCAACAAGUACUACUUGCAGAAAAAUGGAACUUCCCUAAAUCUGACAGUUGAAGAGUUAGCAUCCGUCUUGGGAAUGUUUUUCAGAAUGGGCCUCGUCGAUAUGCACCGAGUUCGUGCAUACUGGGAAACAGGCAGUCGAUAUGAACUUGUUGCUCAAGUUAUGUCACGCAACAGGUUUGAGAAGAUUACAAGUCAUCUGCACUUCACCGACAAUGAUGCAGCAACUGACCAGAUGAAAGAGGACAAGUGCUGGAAAGUGCGCCCAUGGCUGUCCUCCCUAAGAGACAAUAUGGUACGUGUCCCACAAGAGAAAAAGUCAUCGGUGGACGAGAUCCUGAUCCCCUUCCGCGGGCGAUCUCACAUCCGACAGUAUCUGCCUAACAAGCCGAAAAGCAAGUGGGGUCUGAAGCUUUGGGCGCGUGCGGGUGAAUCAGGCCUUUGCUACGACUUCGAUGUCUACCAAGGAUGCUCCAGAGGCAUGUAUGGCUACCAGGAAGGCUACCAGCUGGGAUUGGGAGCUGGUGUUGUGCUGCAGCUCUGUACAAGCCUUCCGGAUAGAAAGGAUAACCUAAUUGUGGCAGACAACUAUUUCACUGGUCCUCACCUUGUGUCAGAGCUCACCAGCAGAGGAAUAGCGUACAUUGGUACAGUCCGUGAAAACAGGCUGAAGUCCUGUAAGCUAAUGGACGAAAAGUCAAUGAAAAAGAAAGGCCGGGGUGCAUGUGACUUUUCUGUGGCAUCAUAUGAAAACAAAUCCAUGGUUGCAGUCAAGUGGUAUGACAACAGACCAGUUACGCUGCUCUCCAACUGCAGCGGUGUGGAGCCAACCGUGACUGCGAAAGGGUGGGAUAAAAAGACAAAAGAUCAUAUCCUUGUUGAAUGCCCAGCGGUGAUCCUCGACUAUAACAAGUCAAUGGGCGGAGUUGAUCUUCUAGAUAAGAUGUGUUACAGUUAUCGGUUUGCCAUAAAGUCCAAGAGAUGGUACCUCUACAUCUUCUGGCACACUGUGAAGAUGGCUGCUGUUAAUGCAUGGCUGAUGCAGAAAAGAAUUGAUCAGCAACAAGGACAGAAAUCCGCUCCGUUGAGAGAGUUCCUGGCUGAGCUAGCAACAAGCUUGGUCCUCUAUCUGAAGCGAUCAGCUGGGAGGCCGUCUGAAGAGAACCUUCCGCCAGCCAAGAAGCAAGCAUGCAUGGCGAUCCCUCGAGAUGUGAGAACCGACGGGACACAGCACUGGCCCAUAUGGAAUGAACGGCGGAACCGCUGCAAGGCCUGUACAGGCGGUUACACUUUCACCUCCUGCUCGAAAUGUCAAGUGAGCCUGUGCAUAAACAAAGACCGCAACUGUUUUGUGCAGUUUCAUAACUAAUGAGAAAGCUUCCUAUGUUGUUUUUGGCUAGUCAUGUCAUAUUUCAUUGUGAUAAUAAAAUUGUUGAAU